AUGACAACAUCCAAUCUCGGAGCAUCAAUUUGGACUAGUGAAAUGUCAGAUUUUAAUAUUCCUGCUAAUGCUAAAUGGGCACAGAGCGGAGCGACUAUUGCUGGAGGUCACAGGCAAGGAGAUGCCACUAAUCAACUCAACGAGCCUUGUGGUCUAUUCGUUGAUGAUGAUCAAACAGUGGUUAUUGCUGACUAUGAGAAUCAUCGUAUCAUGCAAUGGAAGAACGGUGAUACAACGAAUGGACAAAUUGUUGCUGGUGAUGAAGGCGCAGGAAAUGGAUUACAUCAAUUGCAAUAUCCAACUGAUCUAUUAAUUGACAAAGAGACGGAUAGUCUCAUUAUUUGCGAUCCAGGGAAUCGACGAGUCGUACGAUGGUCUCGUCGUAGUGGUACAACACAAGGUGAAAUACUCAUCGACAACAUCGCUUGCUAUGGAUUAGCAGUGGAUGAACAGAGAUAUCUCAUACCUGGUGGUAAUGGACAAGGUGAUGGACUCAAUCAACUCAAUCGACCGACUUAUCUCUUUGUCGAUCGACAACAGAAUGUCUACGUGCCAGACUGCUACAAUAAUCGUGUAAUGAAAUGGACUAAAGGUGCAAAAGAAGGUAUUGUGGUCGCUGGAGGUCAAGGCAAAGGAGGUGCUAUGACACAAUUGUCUUAUCCUAAUGGAAUCUUUGUUGAUACGUUGAGUACACUCUAUGUAGCAGACACUAGGAAUCAUCGUGUGAUGCGUUGGACUCAAGAAGACAAGAAACAAGGCGGUGUAAUUGUGGGUGGAAAUCGCCAAGGAGCAGGAGCAAAUCAGUUCCAGUACCCCUUUGGUUUGUCUUUCGAUCGACAUGGUAAUCUCUAUGUCACCGAUAUAAAUAAUAAUCGUGUUCAAAGAUUUUCUGUCGAAUAA